AAAAAAAAAACGACCCUGCGACGAUUCGCGAGCCGCUCGUACUCGACGCAACUUUUGGCCAGGCGAAAUAUGCGACCGAACAAUCUCUCGCAAUCUGCCGCGUGCUGCAGGGGAACGGAGCUUGAAGCUUGCCUGCUCGAAACUUGUCGAGACGCGUAUCAUCAAGUCGCUCCAUUUAAUUUCUGCACAGCAUGAACCAACAGCACCAAGACCUCACCGGCUAAGCCUGAAAGACACUGGGACGCUGCAGGAGACAGGAUCUUGACCAUUGACAUCCUCGUGCAGCUCCAUUCCAACCACUACCAUUUCAACGCCCGCAUCCACCAAGCCGCUCUAGCUUUGUAUUCUGCAGCUGCGAACGCCGAACAGCUCAUGACUGAAAUCUCCCAUGACCCAGAAUCGCCCUGCAAGCAGCUGCCUCCGGACGGAACCUUGCCUCAGACAACCCUCAGAUCCCAAACCCUCCUCCAUGGCCGCGACCCGACCACUCACAGCGCGCCGUUGCAUGUCUUGCAGCUGCGACCUACAUUGGCCUAUCCGCACCUCCUGAUCAUCUGCCAGUGUCCUGUGCCCAGUGGCUCUUCGUCAAUGGCUGAUCGUUUCCUCUGCGCCUCGAACGAGCAAGGCCAGGAAUUUUUGUUCUCACUCCGUGCGCUGAGAGCGACCAAUCUAUCGCUCAGAGAGAACCCCCAGAAGACAACCACCGGCCGACCCUCUGUCUUUCCUUUCGCUCACAACGUCGAGUCUACCAUAUAAUUCACGGCUCCCUUGUUCCUUGAAUGAACGAACCCGUUGGUGCCAUAUACUGGCCACUAUUCGCUUGAACUCAGUCACAUGCAGCCCGUUCACUUAGACAGCCGGUUUGCGCUGCCCUCCCACCUCUCCCCAUGUCAAAUUUGUUUAAUGCGCCCUGGUCAAAUGCCGAAAAAGUGGCUUUGUUGACGUACAUUCUCGAGGGCGCUGGGGUGGAUGUUCCUGCAGUUCUGCUACACAGCAUAAACAGCCAUGCUCUUAUGCCUAUGUGGAACGACAUUACAUUGCCGCCAGGCCGCUCCCUGAACGCUUGUCGCAAAGCGUAUGAAGACAUGAUGGCUGGCACCGGCGCCCGCUCCUUCUCUUCGAUGGCUGUUGCACCCUUUGCGCCUCAGCAAUUUGAUCCUCACGCAAUUCAAGGAAGAACAGCGUCCGGGCAAGAACCUCAGCCGCCGACACAUCGUAGCAUAAAACCCCGACCUCCGCGUUCCACAGAAUCACCGAUGGCGUCUACCACAGCGACCGAGGGAUUCACCAUUCUCGGUCCGUACGCGCCUGACACCGGGAUAGAACGACGUAAGAAGCGCGGCCGUCCGACGAAGGAGGAGGUUGAAGAACGCGAAAGGAGACUUGCUUUGGUCGGGCAGACGUACGAACCCAAAAAGCGACCGGCAAAGAAGCCUAGGCCCUCUGAAACUCCUGUGGCGCUGUCAGAAUCACUCGCGGGAACAUCGCCGACUUUACAAACGCCGGUGGUGCAACGUACUGAGCCAAGGGAAGAGACGUCCAGUGGCAAACGAAAGUCGCGGCGACGAGGAGAAGGUUACGAACCUUUUUCUUCGCAGGCUGCGGCACCUCCCAGAGCAUCACCAGGGGAGUCAGUCGGCGAGAGGAGUACAGAUGCCGCUCAAAGUCCGUCUGACAGACUUUUGCACAGGUCAAGUGAACGAGCUCAAGCCGUGACUGCAUUGUCACGCGACAUACAACAAGAUCAGAGUCCAAAUCUUGAAGGACCGGUAGAACGAUCCCCUGAAGGUCGACCAUCUGGGCCUCCCUCAGUCUGACGAUGGACGCCACUGACCUUUCGUUCUAUGCGUCAACUCUACUUUCCCGAAAUAUCCCUCAUUGCUAUCGACUCGCGACAUUGACUCCUUCCUUCUACGAGCUACGACCAUAGAACACCCAAACCGGUAUACACGAUGAUACCCAUGGUUACGACGAACAGACAGACCAAACGGGUGGUCAAAAUUUGUCACAUCUUGCUUUUUACCUUUACAAUUCUAUCAACAAGGGAGCUUCAUUUUCGAGUUACCUACGAACAUACUUUAAUCGCAUUUAAUGGCUCUCUUGCGGCAGAUGAUACGAGCACAAACAAAACCUUUGCCUUUCAUUGUUAUUAUUCCCUGUAUUUAUAAUUUCUUGAGUCGAAACGAGUCAUGACUGCAGGCCAGGACAUCUCUUUCGGCUCCAUCUUAUUUCAUAAUUGUUGAAGGACAAGGACUUUGAUGACUCUGUCUUUUCAGGGCAGUUUGGAAGCGGCGGGAAAUGAAGCAUACGGCUUGUUAAUAUUUUUCUUGUAUAUUUCUUCCGGGGCGGCUCUUCCUUUGGUCAACAAAAAGCGGGAGAAAUGAGAAUACAACAUAUCAUGUUACAGGUGAAGGCGUUUCUAUUCCCGACAUAUUAGAAGCAAGAUUGGGUUGGGCAGGGUUUGGACGGGGGGGUGUUUUCUCUUCGACUGGCCAUGAUUAAGUUCCUUUGGUCUAUCAUUUUUUUUCUUCUGUUUCAUAUACAUAUUCUAUGGCAUAUUAGAUAGGAUGUGGGUCUAGGCUCACGAUGUGUCGAGGACAAACAUGCUUUUGUGAUUGCUAUAAAAUAACAUUCUUC